AUGAAGAUGCUGGCACUGGCACUGCUGGUUUUAACUUUUGCAUCUGUAUCUUCAAUUGGAUCAAGUGAGUGUUUUAUCGUUUCUUUCUUUAGCGGACUACAUGAUAUAUUUGAAAUUUACAAUCUAUAUAGAGCAAAAAGUAAACCGCUUUGUAGGGUGUAGCACUAGGUCUUGUUUCUUCAACAAAAAUGGAACUUAAAGAAACAAUGAGUUUCAAAUAUUUUAUUCUCAGAACAACUAAAUUGUUCUCUCUUACCAUUGGCCUCUCGAGAAAAAAUCUAAACCAAGAGAAACUACAAAAGGAUAAAGUGGAAUUACCUUAAACCAUUUGCCCAGUUAUUUUCUUAAUUAUGAAGGAAACAAAGAUUAAAAGAUUAAAACCACCUGUUUAGAUGGACUUUAUCUUUAUGUGAUGUAACACUGACUAUAAAUCAGUUAAGCAACAGGGUAAAUCAUUGGUUUUAAAUUUCUGUGACUGGUGAAAAUCAACAAGUUCUGCUUUUCCUGUAAUUUCACGCUGAAUCUUAGAGUUAUCUUUCCAGUUAUGAGCCACUGAUUGAACAUAAAUCAUGCUUAUUAGUGGUUUUAAGUUGAUUUCAUGCUAACACACCCUGCACUUUGUUAAAGAGAAGUUAAGUUUACGCACAUAUAAACACUUUUGUUCUGUCUUUUGACAAUUUGCAUACAUGAAUGUACACUCAGGAUUAACGAUGUGAGUACAAUUACAUGAGAUGUACAAAGAAAAAUAUAAUUUAGAAUACAUUCUUCUUAUACCUAGACAUUUGGAACCAAUUAUUAUGCUCUUGAGGUAUUUCAUUUAAUCACACACGAACACACACAUGCACGCACGCACACACACACACACACACACACACACACACACACACACACACGUACACAUGCACACACACUAACAUGAAUGCAUCACUUGCUGAGAGAAAAAAAAAAAUCUCUGUGAGUCAGUGCCUGGGAUCCUUCAUUCCUCUCACUGGGAUUACUGAUGCUGCAGCUCAGCUGAUAGUCACAUGAAAGGGAUUGGGAGGAGGGAUGCAGAUCGUGUGACUCCCACCACCAAGAUCCCCGACAGUCCUCACCCUUCAACAACCCCAAAACACUCACCUGCUAUGCUUUAAGCAUCUCUAGCAUAACAUUCAAAACCCGCCCUAUUAUUAUGAAAUGCUAGAAAACCUUAAAAUACAAUGUAAUCAGCCUAUAUAUUAAUGAUAUAACCACCAUCCACCUGGUACGAAAACUAAAAAGUAACACGAUAAAUAUGCUGACAGUAAUGGAAUAUGAUCUGAAGAUAAAAAUACUCAUUCUUGUUUUGUAUCAACACGUAUAUUUGACAUAAAAUUCUUUCAUUCCUAAAAUGUGUUUAUUUCUUUCAGUGCCUAAAUAUCAGUUCACACGGUACCACCCAUGGAACAAUCGGAUGUACCCGUGGUGGAAAGAUGAGGACCAUAAGUUCAAGAACGCGUGGACUGGUGAGGCUCACUGAUCUACCAAACAGACUUCUUACUGCCGGUUUUACUAAAAUGAGUCAAACUGUGUUUUGUUCUUAAUCCUUUCCAGGUGGUGAAGUAACUUUUGAUUUGAAUAAUGAUUCACCCACCUUGACCGGAGCCAGAGCAACAUUCAGUAUUCAACUGAACUUCCCCAAAAACCAAACCCUGCUCCCUGACGGACAGGUAGUCUGGGCACAAAACUGCACUGUUAAUGGUAAGAUAACUUUUCUAAUAGUACCAGUUACUCCGUACUACAGGUCAGUUUGCAGGAUAGUAAGUAAACAGUUACAUUUAAAUUUAAUGAUGAUGGUUUGAGGGCAAAAAAUCUUUUAUUUGACACAUUUGACUAGUCAAAGAAAUCAGAAUGAGAUUUUUAACAGAAACUACUUACCCCAGUACAGGACGGAUCAGCAGUGAGAGUACAGAUACUACUUUGUCCACAAGGGGGCACCAAAAUUGACACAAACACAGAGUUCCUUGCAAGAGCUUUAAUGGUCACAUAUAAUCAACAAUUAAUUCUUCUUUCCACCUUUUACCAGUAUAUUUAGGAACAGCCAGAUCUUUGUUAUUACCUCUAACUUUGCUGUUGUGUUAACAGGGAAAAAUUAUCACAAAAAUGAGCCUGUGUACCCUGACAUCGACCAUGCCCAUGACUGGAAUGGAGUUUUCCCAAAUGGCGCACCGUUUCAUAAGGACAAGGGCAAGGACAAGGACAAGAAGAACCGCUACGUUUAUGUGUGGAAAGCAUGGGGUAAAUCUAAUUAACUGAAUAAUUAUUAGUCUGUUUUAGUAUUUAAGAAUCCUGCUGUGGUAACAGUGGGUUUUAUCUGGUCUAAUUAUGGUUUUAAUCUUUUAAAGAUUCCAUUCAAGUCUAGCAUGUUUUACAGCAUAGUUUAGAAAUUGUAAUUUAAAACUACUACAACCUCAAUUCCAGAAAAGCUGGAUGGUUUGGCUCUUCACUGAAAACUGCAACUGAGGCCGACAAGUUUUACUGUUUUCUGAAAAUAUAUACUUAAUUUGAAUUUGAUGCCAGCAACAGACAUUUAAAAAAGCUGAGCCAGGGGCAUGUUUGCUUUUGUAUUUAACAAUUCUGUAAUCAUUAGGAAACUGAAGAAAUUGGUUUCUGGAGUUUUGAUAGUAAGAUGUUGUCCUUCUCUUUCAGCAGCUUAAAAGUUCAGGUCUCCUUAAAUGUUUUCACUGGGGUGAAAAGAAGGCAAGUUUGGCACUCAGGCUUUAAGGGACAGUGCUGUAGUAAUGUUUGCAAAAAAAUAUGGUUUGCCAUUUUCUUGCUAUGAUAUCCUACCUGUAAAAGGCAAUGAACGGCAUAUACGUAGUUGUUUCAAAACCUGUACACUGUUCAGUGUUAUUGGAUAAAUGGGGUCUUCCUAGAUGUGUGAGCUACCCACUGCCAUGGAAAUCCCCAUACCAUCAGAGAUGCUGGUAUCUGAACAGUGCACUGAUAUUAGACCUGGAGGCCCUUAUAGUGAAGGAUGCAUCAAUCAUGAUUUCUAGGUCAGAUUUUGACCCAUCAGGCUGCAGGAGUAAUUUCCUCUUGACCUUCGUCUGUCUCCAAAGGGGUUAAAAGAGUUGACUACAUUUCUGAAUCAUGUAUGUGUAUGGUUUCAUCUUUGCAGGCAGUGGUUUAACCUGCAUUUGUAGAUGCAGUGACAAACUAUGUUCACAGAGUACGACCUUUCGAUGUGAGUUAAGGCCCAUGCAGUGAUUUCCACUACAGAGUCAUGUCUGUUUUUAGUGAAGUACUGCCAGAGCGCCGGCAGAUCAGAGCCUUACAGUAGUGGUUUUUAGCUUUGUUCUGCUUGUACAGUGAUUUCUCCAGAUUUUCUUAUCAAAGUAUUCAGUACUAAAAAGAUUUUUUUAAAUGUUGCAUAUUAGUUGUUUCUUCAAUCUUCUACUUUCAGUAUUUUAUUUCAACAUUUCAUAUGUUGUCUUUGUACUUUUUACUAUUGAAACAGGGUUUGAAAGAAUUGCAAACCAUCAAAGCAAUUUUUCAUCUACAUUUUAAAAAACCAUACCUACAUUUUGGGAAUUAGGGCUGCAUAUUUCAUCAGUGUCUGUCCAGUUAAACACGUUUUUAAAAUUCCCAUUGAAAUAACACCUGAUAUACUAUUUAGGUGAUACCUAGAGAUGUACUUGUAUAGUAUGGCCACUCUAAAUGAGCCGAUUGUUGCUUUAUUCUAGGGCGCUAUUGGCAGGUUGCAGAUGGACCAUCUUCCUCCCUCGUUGUCAACACCCGUGACACUCCCCUUGGCUCCUACAACAUGGAGGUUGUGAUCUAUCACUGCCGUAGCAAAGACAAGUUCAUCCCUCUCGGCUAUGCCUCAACUGUCUUCACAAUCACAGGUGACUCAUCAGAAAAUAUCCGGCUGAAGAAUGUUAAAAUAUUCAAUUAAAAGCCUUCAUUUCUUCAGGUUUACAGAGUCAUAGUUAAAACAUGUCUGCCUCAGGCUACAACUUCUACAGACCUGAAAAAAUCAAGGCUCUUAACUGAAUAGCUCUAAGAAUUCUGGAUCUUUGGAAGGAGUUCAUACCUGGAUCAGCACACUGAAGGACACCAGAAAGACACUUUUUUCCUCCAUCUUUCCCCACCCCUGCAGCACUCACGCUUCUGCUUUUUUGAUUAAAGCUCUGACCCAACUCAAACAAAAUUCCUCCAUGGUGUUUGUAUUUGACAACCCUCAAUUUCUAAUUCCUACAUCUUUUACUUCUUCUUCAGACCAAGUUCCCUUCACCAUGUCACUCAACCAAGUCAAUGAUGUAAACCAGGAGGACAAGAGCUUCAUCCAAAAGCGAGCAAUCGCGUUCAAUGUCAAGAUCCACGAUCCAAGCCAGUAUCUUGACAGCGCUGACAUCAGCUUCAGCUGGGACUUUGGUGACAGCAGUGGUACCCUAAUCUCCAGAGAGCUCACAGUCACACACACAUACCUCGACAUUGGGACGUUCAAACCUCAGGUGGUCCUGAUGGCCUCUAUCCCCCAAACCUGUGGGAGUCCAACAGCUGGUGAGUCUUCAACUCAUCAUAUUUUUAAAAGUCCUGAAGGAAUUCAAAUACCUUUAGCAGACUUAGGAAAUACUGUUUACUCAGUUGUUUUUUAACUUACCUUUCAGUCGCUCCUAUGGUUGCCUCUGAAGCUUCAGAAGUUGUGAUAGCACCUACUGCUGCAUCCAUCCCAACUGCAGCAGCUGAGGGAGGAGAUGACAUAGCUCAGGACAUCUCUGUUUCUGAUGCUCCUCAACUUGCUGCCUCUUUGGAGCCACCUGUAGCAGGCCAAGACACAGAAGAUGCAGGUGCUUCAGUUGCUCCUGCUGUCAAUGCAGCUGUUGAUCCAGAAGUGCAAGAUCCUGCCAACACUGUUGCCCCUGCUGCAGGAGAAGAUGUUGCAGCCAUUGUUACAGCAGCGGGUGAAGUAGUCGAGGUUGCUACUGCUGCUCCAGUUGAACCUGCUGUGGUUACAGGUACAGCUGAGGACAUUGCUCUGGCGAUUACCGAUACUCCUGUUGCCCCUGUUGCAGGGGAAGAAGAUGGUGCCAUUGACCCUGCUGCCACUGUCACUGUUGCUCCUGUUGCAGGGGAAGACGUGGAUGCUGCCGAGGUUGAUGCAAUUGCCACUGUUGCAGCAGUAGUGGUAGCUACAGAACAAGGAGCUAAUGUUGCUGCAACUGUUGCGCCUGAAACCACUGAUGUUGAUGCUGCAGAGGUUGUCCAAGAUGAAACAGAUGCCACAGUGGAUGAAAUAAUUGUCACAGUUGUCACUGAGACUCCAGCUGUAGUAGAGGCGGCAGCAGCUGAUGGAGAGGCUGAAGCAGCAGCUACUGAGAAUGCAGUUGCAGCUACAGCAGCAGCUACUGCAGGUACAUAAUUAAUCUACAUUUAAGUAUUUAUCAGUCAACAUAACAAUACAAAAAUGUAGCCGUAGUUACAUAGAUGCCAUUAAAAAAACUUCUCUUGUUUUUAAUUCCAAUACCUGUUGACGCAGAUCCAGCACAGGUUGCCCUCGUUGUGGCAAAGAGAGAAGUAUCAGAGCUGACAGCUGACUGCAACAUCUACCGUUAUGGCUCCAUCAGCACCUCUUUAGAUGUUAUCCGUGAGUCAUUAAAGUUUCAGUAAUAAUCCUAAUAAUGGAAUUUUGGGCUUGAAGUUUGUAAUUUAUGUAAUAUCAUUUACAUUUAAGUCUCUGCCACUUUUUAUUUACAGAGGCGAUUGAAAGUGUAGAGAUUAUACAGAUGUCUGGUGUUUUGUCUCUGGCGACUGAGUUGGAUCAGAAUGCUGUGGACGUCACUGUCAUCUGUCAGGGAAGGUGAGAACUGACUCCAUUUCAUUACACAACACUGUAGAGUUCAGUCAGAUUUUCAUAUAGUAAUUCAUUUAAAUUCAUUUAAAACAGUCUAAGAUCAAAAAUUCAAAGGAAGUCAAAGGAAAAAUAUAUUACACACCACCAACCAACAAGUGACAGCAGAGCGAUAUGUGCUAAUAAAUGAGAAAUAAGCUACAAUAAGUACCUUACCCAUAAUAUAACCAGCUGUUUAUAUUUUGAUCACCAACCACAAACACAAAUACUUGUCAUACAGUAUCAUAGUUAUCUAAGUAUUUUGAAUUUUUGUUUUGGCAUCCCCCGGAAUAAAAGUUGCACCAGUUGCUAUUAGCAAACAGACAGAGGUCAGGAGGUUCGGUUACUGCUCUUCACUUAAACAGUAGCUGUGCAUUGAUUCUGACCUGUUGAUGUAAUUUAUGACUAAUACAACAACUGUUCUCUGCAUUUUUAUUACCCUUCCUUCAGUCUGCCAAGAGAGGUGUGCACAGUUAUUUCAGAUGCUGACUGUGUAACACCGAUGGAAACAGUAUGCAGUGAAGCCAGACCCUCCCCAGACUGUCAACUGAUCCUUCGUUCUUUCUUCAAUGACACUGGAGUAUUUUGCAUCAAUGUCUCUUUGACUAAUGAUGUCAGUUUUGCUGAAGCAAGUGCCAGAGUCAGUGUAUCACUAGGUGGGUAUAAGACAGGUGUAUAAAUGCCACUGCAGUUCUCAAUCAAUUGUUUUGUCUCUCAUUAACAAUGUGCUUAUAUUGCAGCCUCCACAGGUUCCCCGGUUGGGACUGCAGUCACAGUCCUGGGUGUGAUGGUUCUAGCGUGUGUGGUCUGUGGUUUGGCUUUGAUGUACAGGUGGGGUCUUAAUGUAUGAACUUAUUCAAUUUGAGGCCAAAAUUACAGGAAACUAUGUUCCUCUAAAGGCUUUAAUAAGGGGGUUCGAAUUGGACCUCAUAUUAUUGUGAGUCUUUUCUCAUGAGUUUUUCUCAUGUGCAGGAAAAGUACAAGUGAUAUCAGUUUGGCUCAGUUAAAAGCAUAUUUCUGUAGGAUGUUUAAAACAUUAUUACCACAGUAUAUAAUUUACCCAAACACAAGAACUAGAAAGAGUAGGGGUCCAGGUAUUGAUCCCUGUGUGAUGCCCAAAUAUAUAACCUCCUGAUCAGAGUCUGACCAAUAAUGCUGUGAGUUAAUACUAGCUUGUUGCAAUUACACAGCAAAUAUGAUGAUGCACAGCAGGUAAGAGUAAUCAUGUUAACAAUUUAAAUAAGAGGUGUUAGCAUGUUUGCAAUCACUUUUUAAACCAAGAAGGUAAGGGCUACAAUGCUUUCCUGUUUGCAGCUUCUAGGUCAAAAACCAAAUGCACCAAAAUAGGAAAAACCAUCCAUAACUUUAAGAGAAAACUACAUGAUUUCACAAGACAAAAAGUUGUUGCUUGUCCACGUGAGACCAUAAAUGAUGAGAUAGUUUAACAUUGACCAAAGUGAUGAACUGGUCAUUAAAUCAAGAACUUCUCCUAUUUCUUUACCAUAUCAGGAGACAAACACAGGACUGUCAGCAAAAAGGCUACAAAAUGCAAAAUAAAGUUGUGUAGCAGAGCCUUAUGUUACCUAAUGUAAUGUAACAUCACAAAAUGAACCAUAAUUUGAUGUCACAGAAUUUUACGCAUCACAAAAUGUUUUGUAAUGUAAUUUAAUUGCCGUAGUGACGUAAUGACUUGCUGUAGCAUAAUGUAAUGUACCCUUACUACUUGCACCAUACUGCUGUCACAAAACAUUUUUUAUUUUGUUUCAGGUCAGCAUAUUUGCUAUGACUAAAUUUAUCUUUCUUUCCUUUCCCAAAUGUUUUCAAACAGGCGAUUUAAGCAGUACCAGCCGCUCAGAGAGGAUAGUCCUUACAACAGUGGAGGCAGCUCAGGGGUAACAUCAGUGCCGAUGUUGUUGUGGAACUUGUUGAGCCGACAGUCAGCGGGGGAGAGUCGUCCAUUGCUUCAUGGGAGGAUUGUCUAAAUAUCAUCACCAGCUUGUGCAUUCAACAUCCCCUAAAAUAUCAGCUUUAACAAUCCAUGCUGUCUCUGUAAUGUUAUUGUUACUCUCUGUUAAUAUGUGACCUCAGAGCCGUUUAGGUGAACCUAGC